ACAAAAACAACAUUAAGUUCAUUUUGAAUAAAUAAACUACUUAUUUUAAAAUAAACUAAAACAGUUCUCAUUUUGUCAGAAUCCUCAUCGCAAUAAAGAUGCUCUUGUUUGCAGUUUUUCUGGUCUCUUCUCUCUUCUCGGCUUCCCUAGCCGAGUUCAGUUUCGGCAAGUCGUGUCCCGAUAUCUCUGGCAAGAUCAUCGAUGUGCCUGACCUUCACCCUUACAUGGGCAGGUGGUAUGAGAUCAAGAGGUACUCCACCUACUUCGAGAGAGGCAUCGACUGCAACUACGCAUUCUACACCUUCGAAACAUCCCCCAAUGACAACGACUACAUUCAAGUGAACAACACUGGGUAUAAGGACGGAGUGUACACGAGUAUAGUGGGUAAAGCGACGCAGCCAUACCCUCCCAAGGGGGCCUUCAUUGUCUCUUUCCCAGUGAACCCAAUAGUGCCCAGCUACCCCAACUACAAUAUCAUGGCUCUUAACACCUCCUCUUAUGUAUUGAUCUACAACUGCCGAGACGUCGGAAUCGCACCUCUGAACGGAGUGUUCGAGAUCUCCUGGAUCCUAGCCAGAGAACCUUCUCUAUCUGAUGACGUCAUCCAAAUGUUGUAUGGAGUGGCGGACAGUCUGGGAAUAGAUACGAAGUUGUUCCAGUCCACCAACCAGCAAAAUUGUCCAUAGAAACAGCCAGAAUAACGGCUUGAGUUUAAUAACUGAAUGAGCACAAUAUAUAUGAGUAUAUUUAAUAAGUAAUAGAGAAGUAAUUAAAAAUUAUAGAUUAUA